GUUCGUAUGUUUUGACGUUAACAAAUUGAACUACCGAUAAAAACACCAAAUAAUAAUUAAACAACGGUAGUUUAGACCUAAUAAAUUAUUACAACGGCUAAAUAUCCUCACACUUCAAAUAUCAAAUUAAUUUCCGUCCUUUGCAAGUCAGGAUUAGUGCCCUCGUAGAUCACACGAGUAGUUCGAUUACACCUAACCUCAAAACAACAUGUGUUUCUAAGUCGGGAAAAAUGCCCCAAAACGCGGAUUUCUACAACACGUGUCUCUCAGAAUUCAAGGAGAUUGUCCACAAACCUGCAAAUUUCCUCCAGAUUAGUGACCCCCUUUGUGAUCAACUCAAAUCAAGUUUGAAAAAAUGUUACGAUUACGCGAAAUCGGAACAGGUCACAAAAACGGACGCUUUGUCGGAAUUAGGUGUCAAAAAUUUCGAUUUGGAGCAAAUUUGGCAACAAAUCGAGUUACAAAAUGAGAGUUUAACCACACAUUGUGUGACUUGUGUUAGCAGAUUAGUCGCUGGGAAAAGCCGGCUUUUGUUUAAUAAUUUGCAAAAAAGCGAGAUUGAGGAUGACGGGGGCGAAAUUGGGGAAAAUUCAGACGCUUCCAACCCUAGUAGUGAGGAUUUAAACGACGUGGAGAGCUCUGAUGAUGAAAAUGAGACGACCGAAACGAGAGAACCCCCAAAACGGUCAAUAGUCGACGAUGAUUUCUUCAAAUUGGACGAAAUGGAGCGAUUUCUUCGCGAAGAAGAGAAGAAAGAAGGAGUUGAUUCUGGGAACGAUUCUGAAUCCGAAGCAAGUGUUGAUUUAUUCGAGUCUGAUUCUGGUGAUUCAGAAGAUGAAGCAAAGACGGCCAAAUACAAGGAUUUCUUCGUCCAAAAUGAAGAAAAACCGUCGACUUUUGAAUUGCGCCAGAAGCGUCUUGCUAAGAAAAUUGAAGAAAUUGAAGAAGAGGCAAUUCAGGACAAGUCUUGGCAGUUGAAGGGCGAAAUAACCGGUGAGAAACGGCCUCAAAACUCCCUUUUGGAGGAAGUGGUGGAGUUUGAUAUGACGACAAGGCCGCCCCCUGUCAUGACCGAACAAACCACAAUGCAAUUGGAGGAUAUAAUCAAAAGAAGAAUCAAAGAUAAAGUUUUCGAUAGUGUGGAACGCAAGACAAAACCAGUUGAAAACUUGUUAGAUUACAAAAAGAAAAUUGUUUUGGAUCAGGAAAAAAGCAAAGAGUCUUUGGCACAAAUCUACGAAAAGGAGUUUCUUCAAGCACAAGAACCGGAAGAUAAGGAAAAAGAAGAACCCGAACUCCACAAAGAAAUCAACUCUUUAAUGAGGAAAUUAUUCACUAAAUUGGAUUCUUUGAGCAAUUUCCACUUUACCCCAAAACCUGCAGUCCCCGAUUUGAAAAUUAUCAGUAAUUUACCGGCGAUCAGUGUGGAAGAAGUGGUACCAACUGCUGUAAGUGACGCCACAUUGUUGGCACCUGAAGAAAUUCAAAAGAAACCAAAAGGUGAUUUCGUCGGGAAGAAUGAAAGAACCACGACUGAUAAAAAACGGGAACGGAGAAAAAAGAAAUUGAAACAAAAAAUUCACGCCAAAACGAAGAAGGAAACAGUGACAGGGAAAAAUGUCAAAAUGAUGGCGGAAAAAGGGAAAAAGAUCAAGUCGUCUAAGGAGUUUUUCACCCAAUUGCAAGAACAAGUCCAAUUACCCCAGAUUAAGCGGAAAACGAGCCCAAAUAAUAAUAAAAAGAGCGCAAAAAAAUUAAAAUUAUAAUUGAAUAAAUUGAUUGUUUUUCUCAUUCAUUCAAUUAGUAAUAAAUAAUGAUUGUUUCU